AAGAAGCGUGGCUCAGAUGGGACGCGGGGUCAUUUCUUCCAACUUGCAGGGUUACCUAUGAAGAUUACCGAAAACAUCAAGCUAUGCAGAAUAACUCCAAGAGGAACCAUAAUUCAAAAGUUUCUGAUAUAGACUUGAACUCUGUGGAUACUGAGAAGGAAAACAAUGAAUUAAAUAAGUUAAUUACAUUGCCUCAAGAAAUUGCUUUACACAUUUUCAGUCAGCUGGACGUUCAGAGUUUGUGCAGGGCUUCAAUGACAUGCAGGAGAUGGAAUGACACAAUAAGAAACCAUGACUUCUUAUGGAAACCUCAUUGCUUGGCUAUACGAGCUGUGUGCGCAAGAGAAGUAGAUGAUGAUCGAAAAAGUGGUUAUUCCUGGAGGGACACACUUCUGAGGAAUUAUAAGAAGAGUCAAGUAAAACAUGGAUGGCUAAGUGGCAGAUUCAGCAACAUAGAUUUGCCUACUCUCCUAUCAGAAACAACCAUGUGCCCAAUGGAUGCCGAAACCUGGGGGGAAAUUCUAGAAGCAGAACUGAAUGGAUCAGAGAUUAAAAAUGACGGCAGAAUAAGUGGAAGCUACACUCCCAGGACCAAACUGGAAUAAUAACUAAAAUAAAAGAACAUCUUGAAUAAUCAACUGAAGACUAGCUGGUGAGAACCCUGAUAACCAAGGACAGAAAGUGGAGACUGCAUAGAAACUGGUAAGAAGGACUCCCACAGACACCAGCUGAAGAGAUAUUUCAUCUGUGGGGUUGCCACUGAGAACUCUGAGGUCUAAUCCCCAAGUUGGGCCCGCCAGCAGAGAGCACCAGAACUGAGAAAGGUGUCCACAUAACAUCAGGCUGUGAAAAGCAGCAGGGUUGCCAUCUGCACCUUCUUAAAGGGCCAAUUCAUAAAAUUCCAUGUGUAGCCACUUACCUUGUGCUCCAGCAGAGGAGGGCAGAGUCGACUGGAGCUGUGUGAGCAGAAGCCAGGGUUGGGGCCUCUAGGGUUAGAGCUCAGAAGGCAGACACCUCAGUUUCCUGUGCUGAGUCAUUCCCUCAUGCUGCAGAGGACAUCUUUCUCAUGCAGACAAUUGAAAUCCAGGGAUCUUGUCUGGG